CGAGCGCUGAUGUAUUUUCGUUUUGAUUUUCGGUAAAAAAUAUCAGAAAUCGGUUUUCUAGCAGUGAAAUUUUUGAUUUUCAGCGUGAAUCUCGUGAAUUUCGUAUUUCCGGCGUCGGUUGCGGAACGUAUAUACUGUGGAGUCGCGGCGCGACUGUACCGUUUGCGAUGAUUUGGGAUGAAAUUAAUAUAUCAACCCAAGAGCUUCAGGCGUUGGCCUUACUCGAUAGUCGGCAGUACGGUUUCCUGAAGCUCUCGGCACCCGAAAAUGACAAGAAAAAGAUUCUCGUGCUCAAGGCCGUGAAAUAUUUGGAGCGUAUGCUUAUUCAGGCUCAUAAUCAGAAAGAGCGAAAAUCUAAAUCCCCAAAAACAACUCCGGAACAAACCGAUGGAACGGUUGAUUCCGAGCAGUUGAAAAUCAAAACUGAAGUUGAUCUUGCAAGCUCGGAAGAUGUGAAAAUUGACGAAAAUCUGCCGGCAGAAAUUCUGAUGACCGAUGUUGAAAUGAAAGAUGUUUCCAAGACGGAGUCAGACUCCGGUGGAACUGGUAAGAUCAAAUCGGAAUCUUCUGCCGACAGUGAACAUGUGACGAAAAUGGAAGUGGAAUCCAGUGAUGAGGAGAUGAAAAUUGCAGCUAAAAGUGACGGUGAACAUCAAUCGUCAGAAAAGGAUAUCGAUAUUGAUCCAAAGACGUACUGUAAACUGGGUCACUUUCAUUUGUUGCUGGAGGACUACGAAAAAGCACUAUCUGCGUACCAGAAGUUCUACUCUCUUAAAACCGAUCAUUGGAGAGAUCCAUCUUUCCUUUACGGUUUGGGGUUAGUGUACUUCCAUUACAACGCUUUUCGCUGUAAACAAGUCGGAAAACUAUUCGGAAACGAGUCAUUCAAAGGCGUAGCUACAGGAGCACUUUAAGAGUCUUUAAAGUACAAGGUCAGAUUUUUCGCAGCGGCUGAUAUCAGGCCAGUGAUUAUCCGGAAAAACUUUUGUCAGAACAAUUCGAGUGUGCAGGAUGCUGACCGAAAAAUUAUGAUUUCCGGAACCAUUCGAGGAU